AUGAGCGCGUUUUGGUUCGCGUCCGACGCCUUUGUCGCGUUGACUCGGCUCUCCCACCUUCACUCACUCUUCCGGCUUUCCUUUGUCCUCCCUGCACCGCUCUUCACUUCUUCGGUCGCGCCUCAGACCUCUUGUCCUAGGGUAAACGUCUUCACAGGCAUCCGCUAUGCAGCCAGAAUCGAGUCCGGUAAUCGGGAGCGAGAGUGACGACGAUUUUGAUUGGGAAGAGGUCGAGGUUCCAUUGCAGGACCAGGGAAACAUAUCUCUUUUUCCGAGCGAAGCACCUUCUGGUUCGUCCACUCCCGCCCCCAACAUUGAGAUCACUAUCCGGACGAAACCCAAGCAGGAUGAUACCGCAAAGAAGAGAGCCGCAGAGCUAUACGCUGCUCGUAUCACGCGCUUGACCUGCCACAAAGCCCACACACUGCUCUUGCUUGCCAAUGCGCGGACCAGGAACAAGUGGAUCAACGACCAGCUAUUGCACGCUCGACUCAUGUCUUUGACACCGAUCAGUCUCCAGAAUGGCUUUGCCGGGCUUCACAAAUCCCGUAUUCCGGACGCCGCAGUACGUGGAUACAUGUUCCAGUCCGCCGUAGAACGUCUUGUAACUUGGUGGAUCGACUUCUUCACCGUGCUUCCCACCGGUCAUAUUCGCAGCCGCAUCUUUGAAGAGGUUCAAGAGGAGCUAGCACGAAAUGAAGCCAUGCGGAAGGCUGACAGGAAGGGCAAGGGGCGGGUGAGAGACGUCGACGAGGAGGAGGACAAGGGGGAGGUUAUCCGGAACGAGAAGAGCUUGAUGAAACACGCCCUCAUGCGCAAGGGCUCGCGUGACACGAGUGCUCAGCUGUUCACCGCGCUAUGCAGAGCCCUUGGAAUCCCUGCACGGCUUGUCGUGAGCCUGCAGAGCGUGCCAUGGCAGGCGAAGGUUGGCCAGCCAAAGCCGUCGCCGAAAAAAGAUAAGAAGAAGGAUACCAAAGGGAAGCAGAAGGCGACCCAAGAUGACGACGAUGAAGGCGACAUGGAACAGGUGGACAUUCCAACUCCGGGCAAGGCAUUUCUGGGGAAUGGUCAACGCCUCGACGGAAGCAGCACCCCUGCCGGCUCAGAUAAGGGAAAACAGAAAGCUCCUCCGGUUAUCAAUCUGCGUAAGAGCAAAGGUCGCAAAUUGGGCUCUGCGCCGAUCAAGCCACCGAAGAAGCGUGAUCGCACGCCCGACCCGACGAGAUCUGCACCCGUCUUUUGGACUGAGGUUUUCUCACGAGCUGACGCAAAGUGGCUGCCUGUAGACCCAGUGCGGGGAUAUGUCAACAAGCGAGGCGCGUUCGACCCUUCUUUGCCCAUCAACAGUCCGCAAGGCACAAGGGUAGAAAAUCGCAUGGUUUACGUCGUCGCAUUUGAGGAAGAUGGCUAUUCAAGAGAUGUCACUCCCCGUUAUGCGAAGGAAUACGGCGCCAAGGUUACAAAGAUGCAGCAGGGUGGCAAGGGCAAGAAGGAGUGGUGGGAGAGUGUCAUGCGUAUCAUUACGAGGCCGUUCAGAUUGAAUCGAGAUGACCUGGAAGAUGAAGAACUACAAACCAACCAGCUCACAGAGAAGAUGCCGGAAACUAUGGCAGGCUUCAAGAACCAUCCGCUGUAUGUCCUCGAAAGACACCUUAGGCGCGAUGAGGUUGUUUAUCCUCUCGUUGAGCUUGGAAAAUUCCGCGGCGAGUCGGUGUACCCGCGUGCGAACGUGCUAGCGCUCAAGGCGGCUGAGAACUGGAUGAGGCAGGGACGCAAGGUCCGCGAAGGAUGUCAGCCCAUGAAGUGGGUAAAGCAGAACGCUGUCACUGUGAAUAAACGGCGCGCAGUCGAGAUGGCAUUGGCCGAGCGCGACCGCUUGCCUAUUGCGGGCGAGGGCGAGGGCUUCUCGAGCGAGAAGGACAUCAUGCAGGGUUUGUACGCGCAGAGUCAGACCGAACUAUAUGUUCCAGAUCCUGUCGUUGAUGGCAAAAUCCCGAAGAACGACUUCGGGAACAUUGAUCUCUACGUGCCAACCAUGCUUCCAGCUGGCGCCGCAUAUAUUCCUCAUAAAGGCGCAGCGAAGGUAGCUCUACAGCUUGGAUUCGAUCAUGCUGAGGCUGUAACCGGGUUCGAGUUCAAAAAACGUCGCGCAUUCCCAGUCAUCACUGGUAUUGUCGUCGCCGCCGAGAAUGAACAGGCCGUUCUCGAGGCGUAUUGGGAAGCCGAGCAAGAGGCGGAGAAGAAGCGGCGGACGAAGGAGCAGGAGCAAGUCAUCAAACGAUGGCAACGCCUCAUUCAAGGUUUGCGUGUGCGCCAGCGAGUCCAAGAGCAGUACGCCGGUCCCGGCGAGCCGCGGCAUGCAGCUAGCGGACCCACACCAGAAAACCAGGCACAGGAGACUCAAGAGGCAGGCGGGUUCUUAACUACCGCAGACGAUGUCGUCAAGCCGUACACGCUACCGCGUAAUUUUCACGAAGUGCUUCCAGAACACGCUGUCGUUUCCGAUAAAACCGAGGUCAGGGCUGAAAGCUCAGGAAAUACUCGUGACGAAGUCAAUGUAAUAACGCCUCGGUCGCCGUCGCAGCUUACAUUGGAGACAUACGACAUCGAAGAAGAUGAUGAACCACUUGAAGAAGUGCAGGUACCCGAGACGCAUACGCCAGUUGGGGGCGUGAUUAAGAGCAUGGCCGAGCUAGCGGCAGCGCACACUCAUGUGCAGGAGAACACCGCAGACGCGUCCGCAGUAGAGACACUACCGGUGCCUGCCGUUCAUAUUGCCACCCCGAGAGUGAAUAUUAGGCCGAGCCGCGGUGGGACAAGCACCCCUGCGAAGACGAAUGGCGAGGCGGCGAACAGGAAGACUUCCAAUGGGAGACCUUCCACCGGAAAGCAGCCCGCCCGGCGCGGGCGUAAGCGCGGGCGGGACGACGACGACGGCUCUGCCGAGUCCGAGGCAGACGAGCCGGUGCGAGCCUCACCAGUCAAGCGAGCACGCACAGCUGCUGCACCCCCAGUAAAGUCAGAUCGUGUGUUACGUUCACGCAAAGGGAAGACCGAAGCACAGAUACAUGUGGAGCGCGAGGAAGAGGAGGCGUUCCGAAGGGCGGUCGCGAAGUAACAUGGUAGAGCUGAGUCAUGCCUAUCAUAUCAUAGGCCCAUAAUGCGUAUAGACUCUCCGCAGAUUCAUUGGUCGGCUGGUACGCUGCAAUAUGCAUUUUCUGCAGCAUCAACUUUGGUGAGCUCGCUUUGUGCGACCAGACUGGCG